GAAAUUUCCAGCCGUUUCAAAUUCGAACCGCCCCGCCGCUCACCGGCCACUCGUGGCCGUUCUCUUUAGCUUCUUGAGCCCUUCAGUAUAAGAGGAAGAGAGAAAAGCCAGAGAGCCAGACAGUCUUGAGAGCCCGACAGUCUUGAGAGCCCAGAGUUGUCCGGAACACUCGGUAGCGAUGUUCAGUUGGCUGUCCGGAAGCGGAAAGAGCCAAAGCGCGGGAGCCUCAUUCGGACAGAGUCCUUCGGCCCCUCCGGACGCCAGAGGACGACUAAACUUCAGUUCAUUAGGGACACCCCGCCCCCCUCCAGCCCCACAUCUAACAAGGGACGAUGCACCCUCGUCCUCGAGCUACGCCCAGGGAGCCAGACUCGGUGAAUACCACCGCUCUCGGCAGAACCCCUCCGUCCUAGACCAGUUCAUCUCGUCACAGACCCCACAGAACCUGUACAAAAGCUCGCCAACCGUCCGUUCAACCUCCGAAAGAUUCAUCCUCUUCCCCUCUCCCGCCACCCAUGCCUUAACGGCGGGAGUCUCCCCUCUCUCACGUCGUACCCAGACCCCAUUCCGACGGUCUCCGUUCCAAAUGAAUCAGACUACGUCUCCGUUUGGAACCGGACUUGUGGGUAUGGCAGUUCGAAGCCGACUUUGUCGUUCUGAAGGUCCCGGUAUUAGUCCAGUUAUGGUGCAUAUCCCUGGAGCUUCUUCGACCGGUGUGAAUAUGGAUGACAAAGGAGCCAGUGCAAGUAGUAGCUCACCGACAAGCGGGGGAAACGAGGCGGACCCCUGUGAUAGAGAGGUCGUCAUCUCUGCUCUGAAACAGAAGAGGAAAAGGUGGGCGUGUCACUCUGGGGACGAUGUCGUUGGAAUUGCUGCUGAGUCCGCACAACCAGCAGCUAAGAGAUCCAGGCAUGGAACUGAGCAGCCUCGAUCCAGUUCUCUCUCCCCUGCUUCCCUCUUCACCAGACCUUCGCUACACUCCCGGAAACGAGACCACACCUCCUCCGGGGAACCUUUGACCUCUGCCCUGUCGCAGUCGCUAAAGAAACCUCGCGUGUUUCACCCGCCUUCAUCGUCACCAUGGAAACGACCAAUGACAUCGUCAACAACAGGAUCGUCGUCGGAGGUGAAAAGUCAAACUGAAAGUGAAGAAGGAAGAAAGACUGAGGCAGAGGUCGCGAGGGUCAGGGAUCAUGUGACCAUGCCGGAGACAGGACAACCGAGAGAGGAACCAAACACGUCUCGUCUUGUGUCUGGUUCUGGUACCGGUACGGGACGGUCGCUGAAACUAUCGGUUCCGGAAUCAGAGUACGAGAGUGACAGUGAGAGUGUGAGGGGUGUGGUGGGCGGAGGAGGAGGGGGUGUGAAGGGUGACGGUGUGGAGGAGAGCUCGGUGGACAGUGGGCGUGGCAGUCGAGGGAGCACUCCGCCCGUCCAGGAGGAAGAGGAAGAAGAAUCGCGAGAAGACGAAAGAAACAGAAGAAAUAGAGCUGAGCUGCAGCGACUACACAAGUCGCUCACUGCCGUAUUUCCCUCGCUCCACAAGACUGUGUCGCGGAGGAAGGCCCCCGUGUUCUGUGCCACUGGUUCAGCCUCGGUCCAGUGUCCGGCUCUGAGCCCAGCUGCUCGCGGAGUCACCUGGGAAGACUGGAGGAAGGAGGGCGAGAUGGCUCAGGCUAGACUUCAGAGUUUCUGGGACUCUGACAGCGACCCACCUGCCAACCCUGACAGCUCGUCACUCGUGGAAAAACCAUCCUCUGCUACCGCUGAGAUCUCCAAUACCCCUUCACCGCUCGCUCCAUCUUCCUCCUCCUUGUCGUCAGUGAACUCUCGUACACAACCGUCAGCAACAACUGUGACCAGCAGUACUGUGAUGUCCUCUAGUGGUGGGAAACUGCCGGGCGCAAAGUCCGUGACGUUCCAGCUGCCAAAUGUGGCCACAUCCACCCAAUCUCUUUCCUCUGUUACCACCACAUCGUCUCAGACAAACUCCGUCACUGGGUCAGGUUCCGGUUCUGGAAUGGGACUGGGGCCUGGUACAGGACCCGACUCCCUAGUCAGUCAGACAUCUGCAGCAGCAGCACCCACAGCAUCGUCUUCUCUCCCUCCUUCCUCUCUCCCCUCUUUCUCUUCAUCUGCAAGCCAGUCAACUCCAACACUGCCAAACAACAAUGCUGUCACACAACAGCAGCAGGAAAGACAACCUCAACAAGAAAUGCAUCAACAAAAACAACAGAUCUUGCAGCCGCCUGUUGUGCAGUCUGCAACGCAAUCACUUCCCUCCUCGCUAGCUCUUCCGUCUGCAUUCGGCAAUUUCCAGACCACACCCACUGCCACGCCCACCUCUACUCCUCCCCAAACUAUCCCCACAACAUCGAUGGUCACUCUACCAUCGUCCUCCCUCCCCUCCCUCCCUCCUCUCUCCCAGCUCGGACACCCUUCCACCAACCAAACUCUUCAGCAGUCAUUGACUGCACCUCAGCCUCUCUCCCUCUCUCUUGCGCAACCUCAACCACAGCAGCCAACAUCCUCUCAACAACAGCUACUAUCUUCUCAAUGGCAGCAAACAUCCUCUCAACAACAGCUACUUGUAUCUUCUCAACAGCAGCAAACAUCUACUCUUGGAACACAACCUCAAUCGUCUUCAAAUGUGACACUUCCAACAGUUUCCGGUUCAACGAGUCAGUCUGCUGCGAAAUUUCCUGGUCUACCGCCUGGUUUCGGAGGCCCCCCAGCGUAUUCCAGUGUGGGGUCGACCCCCGGGGGGUUCAAAUUUGGUUCCAUAGGGGGUCUCUCGGGGGCAGUGCCCACCUUGGCAGUGUCUGGUACCGGAUCUGGGAAUGGGACCCAGGUUGCUACUACUAGUGGGGUGAUGACACCAGGUCUCCAGCUGCAGCAAGUCCGAUCAUCUGCCACCCAUGCUCAGCAAAAUUCGGCCCCCGGGGGGCUUCUACGUCUCGGGCAAACGUCGCAACUUCCAACUGCUACCUCUUCUAGUGGGGGAUUCAAUUUCGGUGGGGGGUUCAAAUUUUCAUCAGGGGGACCUACAAUGUCACAGACCCCACAGCAGACACCGAAACUCAUUUUCGGAGGGACGACCCCCCAGAGUCAGAACCCCUUGGGAGGUCUAAAUUUUGGAGGGUCAUCUGGAGUGGGUGGAGCUUUCGGAACUGCUUUGGUCACCACCACUGCACCUACAACUGUGCCGUUGACCACACCCAGUUUCAAUUUUGCAGCGACAUCAUCAUCAUCUGGAACUGUGGGGACCCAAAAGAUAUCCGGAGGAAUAUUCGGCGCCUCCACCCUCCAACAACCGUCUGCCGCGUUGCCUAGCAACCCUACACCUCCCGCCUUUAAUUUCGGUGCAACGGCCUCUCAACCAACGCAGCAGCAACGUUCAAUGUCUUUGAGAUCGGGAAAUGCUGGAAAUGGAAUGUUCAAUUUCUCUUCCAAUCCACAGAAACAGACUCCAUCAAUGGCUACUGGAGCAUUAAUCUUUGGAGGGGGAGGAGCUGGUAAUUCUGCAACGGCGGGGCCCGCCUUCAAUUUCUCUGCGGCGGCUGGGUCUCAGACUGGUUCCAACGUCAGUGGUUCUGGAACGGGACUCAGUUUCGGGGCAACUCCAGCGGCCCCCGGGGGGAGUGGGGGGUUCAAUUUUUCAGCGGCAGCUGGAGCUAAUCCAGUGAGAGGGCUGAGUUUUGGUGGAAGUACAGGAGGUGUGGCUUUCAGUGGUUCGACCAAUCAGAUUCAGCCUGGAGGAAUUUUUGGACAAAACAUGCCGUCGAAUAACCCUUCUACUCCCAGUGUGUUUAACCCUUCUCUCGCUACGCCGUCCAAACCUCCGCAGAUGGGCGGUUUCAAUUUCACUCCCCAGCCUUCGACGACAGGAUUCAAUUUUUCUGCUUCAGCGGGGACCCCUGGAGGGAUUAAUUUUGGUUCCCCUGGGGUUGGCGGAGGGACCCUAUUUUCCGCCGGAACCCCUACAGGUGGAGAGGCCUCGCGCCCAGUCGCUACAGCACGCAGACGUACCCGUGGACGCAGGAAGAGCGUCAUUGCGCUCUCUUCUGGGGCCGGAGCGGAGGUAAAAUAUUUUUACUACCGCUGUAUAUUUUUGAGGUCUGGCGCUACAAAAAUAUUUAGCGCCAAGAUGUGUAUUUUCGAGUCGGAAGAGGGGGAGAGUGGAGGGAAAGGGUUAAUCGUGACAGACUCAAUGCAGGUUCUUUCAACCCUCAUUGAUCAGAUCCAGCAUCCAGCAGGUCACGUGAUCCAUGCAGCCGCUCUCGGUCACCAUGGCAACCACGGUUGCGGAGUGACAAGCCUGGUGUGUCUGGCUGCAUCAUGGAGCCAACAAGUUGCUGAACUGAGAAAACAGGGGUACCCACCGCCUGUCGUGUUUGCUGUAUUCGAGGAAUGUCUGAGAGGAAUUGAGGCGGCCAUUUUGAAACUCUGUCAGCCUCUGACCAAGAUUAGAGACGAAUAUUCCAGACGCUGUGGUGGAGGUGGUCUGGAGCGGAAGGUGUCAAUCUACUCUCGACACUCAGUACGACCAUCCAGACCCAGCAGAGAGGGAAUCACCGACGGUGGAUUCCUUGAAUAUCUGGGAAAGCAGCUGUGUCACGGAAGGGAGCAGGCCAUGUCGCUGGCAGUGAAGGCAGUUCAUCCUCAAACCAACUCCUUAUCUUCAUCGCCUCUCGAUUUGAGGUGUUACAUACAUACAGAAAGUGAUGUCGCUGCAAUUAGUGGGCGUGGCUUCACAACACUCCCGAGUGGAAGUCUGAUAGCAGUCAAGGGAGCCAUUUCUUCCGCUCUCUAUGAUCACUGUCUGUCAGAGGGUGUCAUUGUGAUCACUAGUCUCACGUCGUCUCACGCGCACUCUCUCUCCCGGGUGGCUGGUACCAGAGCUGUUCACUACAUCUCACAGAUUAGACACGAGCCAGUUUUGGAAGAAACGACUUGUGACGUAACCACGGUGAUCCUCUGUGGCCACACCCACUCCCAGACGAGCAUUCUCGAGCACUCGUUGCACAACUGUUUGUCGCGAUUGAGAUGUGUGUUGAGUGACGGCUGUGCUGUGAGAGGAGGAGGGUGGGUGGAGGGGGAAAUGGCGGGCAUCAUUCGGAACACAAAGACAAGGAAAUCGAACCCUGGAUCUAUUCCGUACUGCAUGCGGACUGGUUGGCUGGGGUCCGAGCUGGCAUCUUACGACAGUUGCAACAGAGAUGAGAUUUUGGAGGGAUUUGCUGCUGGUCUGGAGAACUUUGCAGCUGCCGUCGUCCAAUCACUCGGAGUGUGCGGGAGCCAUUUUGAGGCGCUGGCUUCUGUCAAACAGACUCAUUCCAACACUGACAGAGAAGAGGGCGAAAAACACCGUGGGAAUGUGGGUGGAGCUUUUUGUAAAGGGGGUGUGGCCAAGAGUGGUUCUGUUGAAAGGGGUGUGGUUUUGGACGGCUACAGCUGCAAGGUCUCAGCGUGGAGAACUGCACUUCACGUAGUCAGGACCUUGUCAUCUCAUUCACAAUCGUUCACCCCUCAAAUUAAUCUGUGAUAAUCUGUGUGAUUGUAACUUCGACAUGUGCAAUUAGCAGCACUAUAUAAGGUAUAUAGAGCCCUUCUCUAAGGAUAUAUACCCCUCAAAUAAGGACACCUUUUCUGCAUUAAUUUAACCCCUGAAAUAGGGACACCUCACUCCUUCUUCAGUCAAAACGCGCACUUAUUGCAAGUGCUUUCAUCACAAGACAUUGUUCAAGUAUGACAUUUUGUAAACACAAUUCACAUAAUUAUUAUGGACACUUUCGCUGCAAAAUGCUUCAGUGUUUUUUUUCUAGAAACACACGGCUGACUGAGUGACGUCUGGUGACCUCUACUUGAUGCCUAACGGAAAUCUUCUGCGUUGAACAUUCCCUGUGGGAAGAGAGUUCAUAGGACGACAUUUGACUAAUAAAUUGUGGUGGAGUUUGCUGCAAAUAAAAAAAUUUUUUGCUGACCCUGGCUCUUCUAAGUAUGCCAUCUUUACUUGGGUCGUAAGGAUGGUCUUUGGAUGGAAUUUCAAGAAUUGCUGGAGUUGGUUUGUCAUGGGCAUCCACCAGGUGACGAAUCAUCUCCGCUAUGUUCUGGUUGAUGAGGAUGAUGGCUAUGUCUGUUCUGGUCAAGAAUGCUUUGAACGAUUCUUCGAUGUCACUUACGGCCGUCUCUUUUCGCACGACUAGAAAGUUGGGCUGUCUCUUGGCGUCCAUUUCUCCCACACCUCCCAGCAAGAACCCCGUACAUGUGUCUUCGUCUCCAAUGACGGCCAGCAGCUUUCCUCCCUUGAAAUCAGCCAUUUCUGCUCGUCUUCUGCAGUGGAGGAGCUAG